AUGCAGCUUUUGAAUGGCGUUGCGCUCGUGAUCGGCGGUGGUUCUGGGAUAGGCCGGGCUGUCGCUCUGGCCUGUGCCAACAGCGGAUGCCGAGCGGUUGUGAUUGCAGAUGUCAAUUCAGAUGGAAUUCAGGAUGUGAAACGUACCAUUUUGGCCAUUGACGCAAACGUCAAGGUGCUUCCCCUGUUGGUCGAUGUUACGAACCCGGACUCGGUGGCUGCGAUGGUAAGAGAGACAGCAGAGGCUUUCGGCAGGCUCGACUACGCAUUCAAUGUUGCAGGGAUAUCCGUCAAGGCCCGUGUCUCUGCCAGCAAGUAUCCAACAGAGGAAUACGACGACAUCCAAGCCGUCAACACACGAGGCCUUCUCCUUUGUACUCAGGCCGAAAUCCGAGCCAUGUCGGGGCAGGAACCCAUUGUCACGGUCGACACGCACAGCCCGGUGCGUGCCCAGCGAGGGAGCAUCGUCAACAUCGGGUCGACGUGUUCGUUCUCUGUCAUUUCGGAAAUGCUUCCCUACGUCGCCUCUAAACAUGCCGUGAUUGGCAUCACAAAAGCCGCAGCCAUCGAUCAUGCAGCCGACAAAAUUCGCAUCAAUGCGAUCUGUCCUGGGCUCGUGGAGACUCCCAUGAUUGCCAGGAGAAGACAACAGCUGCUGGAACGACAGAUGGACGGAUCUCCGGACACAUCUCUUCUUGACGGGAACAAUUCCACUGGUACGUGGAAACCGGCGGACAUGUACAACACUCCCAUGAGCCGGUUGGCGCAGCCGGAAGAAGUGGCUGAUACAUGCAUCUUCCUUGCCAGUUCCAUGGCGAGCCACAUCACGGCCUCUUCUCUUACGGUGGAUGGUGGCCGGUCUGCCUCAUAUUAA